UGGGAAUUACAACCUGCAGUGACAAAAAGAAAGAACAUUGUCCUGUCAAAUCGCAUGUGUCAGUCUCCGUGUCGUCGUCUACUGGAGGGGUUGAAAGUGCCUUGAUUGCGUGGCUAAUUUUUCCUGCGGGCGCAACAUGUCUCUCUAACUACAUCACCGUCUGCCUAUGACCAGCUACAAAGCUCCCACUCCAACAGUCAAUGGCACCGAACUGGCCCUCAGGAUGCUCAGCUCAUCCGCAUCCACCAUUUCCUCCUUUAGGAACAACAUUCAGCCCUCAGUCACCGACCUCGUUGGAUGGCAAUUUCGAGUUCCUGUCACGCCUAUCUGCAGCGAUAUUUUGUCCCUAAGAACGUUCCUUUUGCUUGAGCCUAGCUCUACCGGCCCUCAGCAAUGCACGCUGACUGUCACCAAGUACUGGUACCUGUAUCACCCAAUGGUACGGGAGAGAUCUCCAGCGUGGGGGUACCGAGAUUCAGCCAAUACCAGAAGCGCAGGGACGACCUCGAUGUUAUCGGUUGAUCAUAGGGCGCUGGUUGAAGAUACUUUGAUACACACCCAAGAACGACCUGCUUUUGACACAUCUAUAAUCCCACAUCGAUUCAACGUCAAAUGAAAGUCACUGUCGGCGUGAGCAGGGGUUGAAUCUGAACUGUUGGCCACUUUGCCAUUCCAUCUCAUCGCUGCCAUGGGUUCCUUACCAGAAACUAGGGAAGUAGCCCUUCGUGCCGCCAUCAUUCAUGCUCACGAUAAAUACGUGUACAAAAAUCCCAAGUCUCUCAAAUACCAUGAGGAAGCCUGCAAGUACAUGCCCGGCGGCAAUACACGGACCGUGCUUCACACAAAUCCCUUCCCAUUGACCAUCGACCAUGGGAAAGAGUGUUUUCUGACAACCGUCGACGGGCACACCUAUGUCGAUUUUCUAGGCGAGUAUACCGCAGGCAUAUACGGACACAAUCAUCCUGUCAUCAAACAAGCGGUGGAGUCCGCAUUGCAGGGUGGCUGGAACUAUGGAGGUCAUAACAAGCUGGAGCCGGAACUUGCAAAGAUCGUCUGUGAGCGGUUUCCUGCAAUGGAGCUGGUCAGGUUUGUCAACUCGGGCACAGAAGCCAAUAUGAUGGCACUUGCUACGGCGCUGGCUUUCACUGGGAAGAAGAAGAUUCUCAUCUUUUACAAAGGCUAUCACGGUUCCACAAUUUCAGGACGGACUCCCUCCGACAAAACAUCGAUCAACCUCCCGCACGACUUCGUCGUCGGCACGUACAACGAUGUCCAAGGCACCGAAUCGCUCGUCAACUCUCUGCCCAAGGAUUCCCUAGCCGCAAUCUUACUGGAACCCAUGCUCGGGUCUGGGGGCUGCUACGCCGCGAGCAGCGAAUUCCUGUCCACGCUCCGCCGUCUGGCGACCGACAACGGCGCGCUUCUGAUCUUCGACGAAGUCAUGACUUCGCGCCUUCACUACCACGGCCUGGGCAGCCAAACAGGCAUAACCCCGGACCUCAUGACGCUCGGGAAGUGGGUCGGCGGCGGGAUGAGCUUUGGAGCGUUCGGGGGAAGGAGGGAGAUCAUGAAACUGUACGACCCUCGCGACGGCACGCUCCAGCAUCCGGGGACAUACAACAACAACUGCUUCACCAUGAGCGCCGGGGUGGCGGGUUGCAGACUCCUGGACCCGGAGACAAUCAACGGCCUGAACGCGCUGGGCGACCGUAUGAGGACGGAGGUUGAGAGCGUGCUGUCCAAACGCGGCAUCUCGCAAGGCACCACGAUCCCCUCCAGCCCAGUGACGGACGAGAUGCACACCACACCAAACCACCCGCAGCGGCCGCCCAAGAUGUUCAUCAAGGGCGUGGGAAGUCUCAUGGCCAUUCAGUUCGCGGGCCCGGAGGCCGGCACCUUGCAGGACCUCUUUUACCACCACAUGCUCCAGCAAGGGAUCUACAUGGCGGCCCGAGGAUUCGUGGCGCUCAACAUUAUGCUGACGGAGGAACAUGUGGCCAUGUUUGUGAGGGCUGUUGAGACGUUUUGCGAGAUGUGGGACGCGGAGUUGAAGUGGUAAAUGGAUAGAUGGUCCUCGAGAGCUGGUGCAUGGUGCAUGUCGCAUAUUGCAUCGGCCACGCAGUGAGAUAUGAGAGUGUGAACAAAAACUGAUACAUGCCCUUAUUCGAGAAAAUUGAUCCUACUCCGCUGUCACAG